CAAGAGUUGAGCAUGACGAAAGUAAAGCCCGAUGUACCAAUCUACGGGACUUAUAGGUAGUUUACUGGCUCUCCCUGAGAUUUGAUCAGCGUUGCCAGCUAGAUAUUGCCAUGCCAUUUCAUGCACAGGCAGCUUUGAUACAGCGUAACCUCAUUUUUUCUGUCUAUGGUUUAAAAAGUCAAAACCGUCGAAACCUUAGUCAAAGUCACAAUUCUAUUUUAUUUGGUGUUUUUGUUCAAACAUUGCCCAAAAUUAAAAUUAAUUGUAGCGAUCAAUUAAGUACCAUUAGUUAAAUUUAUUAGCUCUACUAAUUCAAGAUGUUAGCUUUGGAAUUGGAUGCACUGGCCAAAUUCAGUGAAACAAGCAUUGCCGCUGAAGAGUCGGCGGCACGGUGGUACCCCAUAUCAAGUACCAGAUUACAUUCAAGAGAAAGUGUUCGAAAUACUUUGUCUGAUACUUCACCUGUGCGCUAUAAAUUUAGAGACUUCAGUUUGCUGACGAAUGAAUCCGUCUGUUUGGCUACAGAUUCUACUUCGAAAGAUUACUUCCGAUAUAACAAGUCACACGGAACUCAGUUCAGUACUUCUUCAGUUCGGGUCGGAGCCUCGCGUCAUGAAGGGGAGGUUAAAGAUACAAACACAAAAUCUGAGGGUUUCGGAAACUACCCUCCGGCUGCCCCGGUCACGGUUCUCAAGCGGAAUGUGAAGGGUGUUUGGACCAAAUUCAAAGUAACCGCUGCAGGAGAGGACCAGAUGUGGCUCACACAAUUAGAACAGCCUUACCAAGCACCUUCAGAGGACGCGAGCGGUGCCGCCGGGGCUCUUCGCGGCUCCCGCAGCUUCGUGCAACGACUCCUACGGGAACUAAUUGCUUCCUUGCCAUUGCUCCCUUCAGACGCUAAUAACGUAAAGAAAGCUAAGACAGUCAGGCCUGUAAAAAAAAACAGGCAUAUUUCUGGCAGCCGCUCGCUGAGCUCACCUCCCUCACGCCGCAGCUUUUCUGUGCAAACACUCACAUCUACGGGCUUUCAACACGAGUCUUCAUUGUGCGAAACUAGACCCACUAAACAUGAUAGUAAUAAUAAAGGAAAGGGCGGCGUGGAACCAGGCUGGGCGGGCGGCGCGCGCGCGCUGCGCGACGCGCACGUGCGGCUCGUGCUGCGGCAGCUGCGGCACGUCGAGCGGCUCAACCGCGCGCUCGACCGCCGUGCCUGCUAAGACUAAUUUAAGGGCAAGGGACUGCUUCGAGGUUCCAACGUUCUGCAUCGGCCGACAUUCCCGAGCCAUCCGUCAACCACGCAACGACGGAGGGCAGCCCUGUCGACCAGCCUACCCUUGCCUGGCAAGACAAAUCAGCUGAAGACGGACGUUCAAACCUGAGCCACGCUUACUCUUCUUCACACAUAUAUUUAUGUUCAUUAUUUUCGAUGCAUGGCCUUGAUGUCUAGUACAUAAAUCUAAUAAUGUGUUCGUAGCAAUUACUAUUUUUUUAUACAUGUUUAUUUUCUUGUUUAUUAUACGUUUGCUUUACCUGAUACAUGUCUCUUCGCAUUUACUUUAUGCUUUGUAAUUGGGUUAUUGUUAAUUGACAGUCAGAAAUUAAGCUAUGACCUUAUUGCCCGGGAACACACCAUAUUUUUAUCCA